GACGCCAUAUAACCAUAAAUAAAAUGUGUUAAGUGUGUUGUUAAAUAAAACAUUUCCUUCCUUCCUUCCCCUACCGGUCCUACUGGAGGGAACUAAAGGUUUCAUAUUCAUCCUUAUUUCUGUCUGAAGCGAUUUUAUAAUUCAAUUUGGCGAAUACAUACAUGUACAAUGUAUAUGUCUUUACCAUUUCACCAAAAGGUUCAUUUGAAAACCGUGUCAUUUGUAUAAUUAUGUACAGCUAUUUUAAAAAAUAAUUUAGCUAAAUGUUACUUAAAAGUUGCAUUUAUAUAAAGUCAGUAUGCAGUGUGUAUCUAGGGGGAGGGGAAAGAGAGUGCACACCUCACCCCAACUCAUCACUAGCAAAAUUCAGCAUCCACCCCUGGUGUGUAAGCUUGUAAUCGUGAGAGAGUUUUCCUGGUGCUGCUGCAUGUGAUCUACGCGCACUCGCACACAAUGAAGGGUGAUUAUCGGCAGUGGACCAUGGCACCAGAUGUGCUAUAACCACUCCAUGCUCUUGGUAUGAGGCUUCCAGUGUUGUAAUUACCUCACUAUAGUGGAGUGGAAUAUUCACAUUGUUUCAGUGGAGCUGCUUGUUUCAAUAGCUGUAUGAAAUAAGGUUAAGUUACUGUUGAUGGCCACAGUGUACAGUUUACAGAUGAAGUAAUAACACAUCUUUAGGCGGAAAAUAAUAAUAACAGAUUAAGGUUACUUGAGACGGACAUCAGACAAGAAGAAUGACGGGUUUUAUCCGCGUCAAGCUGUUACAGGUGGAGAAAGGUUCCACAAUGCAGACGGGACUAGAGACGUUUGAUCCCUUCAUUGCCAUCAAUGUUAAAGAAGCAGUGGACACACCAGGUCGAGGUAUAACAUUUGUACAGAAGAAGCGAACUCUAUAUCCGGAGUGGAACACUUGCUUUGAUGCCCACCUGUACGAGGGGCGUGUCAUUCAGAUGGUUGUCAUGGAGAGACCCAAUAAAUUCCUGGCAGAUAUCACGAUUGGGGCAAAGCUACUGGCGGACAAAUGUAGCAACAGCAAUUUAGUGACAGCCUGGCUUGACUUGCGACCAUCUGGUCGGUUACAAGUGCAGAUUAGAUAUUUCCGAGGGGAGGCUGGAGAUGACCAAAUACAGAAAUCUAUUGAUGAUAGCCGGACUGUUAAACAAGCGUUCGUCCGCCGCGGUGCGAUGAAACAACAGAAAGUGCAUGAGGUCCGGGGCCACGAGUUUAUUGCAAAAUUCUUCAGACAGUUUACUUACUGUUCAUUCUGCAACACCUUCAUGUGGGGACUAAACAAGCAAGGAUACCAAUGUAAAGUUUGUAAUUGUGCAGUUCAUAAGAAGUGCCAUGACAAGAUCCUCGGCCGCUGUCCUGGUAGCGCCAAAGAUAGCCGGGAAACAAAGAUGCUGACAAAGCGAUUCAACAUCAAUGUACCACACCGAUUCAAAGUGAAUAACUACAUGACGCCAACAUUCUGUGCGCAAUGUGGUCAAAUGUUGUAUGGCCUCUUCCGACAGGGGCUCAAGUGUGAAGUGUGUGGUGUUAACUGCCACAAGAAGUGUGAGAAGAACAUGCCCAAUCUGUGUGGAAUCAACCAAAGACUGCUCGCCGAGGCUCUCAGCCAUGUGCACGGGACACCAUCCUCCAUGAAAUCUCCGUCCACUGCUAACUCGGCGAGUACCGAGCUGGCAAUCGCCGCCCCCGACGACGAUGACCAGGACAGCGAUGAUGAGAGCUACAUGAUGGUGUGGGAGAAACCUGGAGCUCCGCUAGAUGGACCAACGCCGGUAGUUGUACCACCCAGGAAAAAAUUCACUCCUGAUGAUUUCAUUUUAAUCAAAGUGUUAGGAAAAGGAAGCUUUGGAAAGGUUCUGCUGGCUGAGGUGAAGGCCGACAAGACAUAUGUGGCCAUCAAAGCCCUCAGGAAGGACGUUGUGCUGGAGGAUGAUGAUGUUGAGUGUACGUUGAUUGAGAGACGGGUUCUAGCACUGGGCUCCAAGCACCCGUUCCUCACCUAUCUUUACAGCACUUUCCAGUCAAAGAGUCACCUGUACUUUGUGAUGGAAUAUUUAAACGGAGGUGAUCUCAUGUUUCAUAUACAAGUGUCUGGCAAGUUUGACUUCCACCGUUCACAGUUUUAUUCAGCUGAAAUAGUUUGUGGUCUCCAGUACUUACAUUCCCAUGGAGUAAUAUACAGAGAUCUGAAGCUGGACAAUGUGAUGUUAGACAAAGAUGGCCACAUCAAACUGGCUGACUUCGGUAUGUGCAAGGAGAACAUCUAUGGUGACAACAAGGCGUCCACGUUCUGUGGUACCCCAGACUACAUCGCCCCAGAGAUUUUGAAAGGCCUGCGUUACAACUCGUCUGUGGACUGGUGGUCGUUUGGGGUGUUGCUGUACGAGAUGUUGAUUGGUCAGUCGCCUUUCCAUGGCGAUGACGAAGAGGAUCUGUUUCACUCCAUCAUGCACGACACUCCUCGUUACCCGGGAUCCAUGUCCAAGGAGGCAGCCAUUCUCCUCAGUCUGUUGUUUGAAAGAAAUCCAAGUGUGCGUUUAGGAAUGCCAGGAUGUCCGUCUGGUCCACUCCGAUCUCAAGCCUUCUUUAGGAACAUUGACUGGGAAAAACUGGAACGUCGGGAACUUCCACCAGUCUUUAAACCAAAGAUUAAAUCACCCAGCGAUGCUUCAAACUUUGAUGUCGACUUCACAAUGGAGCAGCCCAAUCUGACCCCGCCCGACAAAGAAUUGCUUAAAACGAUGAACCAGGCGGUGUUCAAACAUUUCUCAUUCACAAAUCCGGACAUAGUCUGAAGCGGGCUACCAAUCUACGCAAAGAACACCAGUCUACAAGUGUACAACCAUGGACAUCAGUAUUAAAUAAUGAAACAAAACAAAAAGAAGAAAAAAAGUUUGGACUUAAUGCCGGCCUCAUAACUGAUGUCUCGAUUCAGGGCUUACAAUUGGUGCCUGGACAUGGGGAUCUAAAUGGAUUAAGGUCUUUGAUGCUUUGAACCAGUCUUUGCUAGCACUGCAUCCAUGGGGAUCUAACUGUAUGCAGGUUUCAAUGGAUUAAUGUCCAAAUGCUAUGAGCCAAUCUUUGUUAGCACUGCAUCCAUGAACAGACGUUUAAAAUCUCUUUCAGAAUGGAUCAACAGAAAUGUGUAUUUCUUGUUGCUGAUAAGAUUUUUAUAUUCGAUGUAGAUUCCUCUAAAAUGAAAAUAAAUUGCCCUUAUAAUUGGUGAUUUAAGUAUUGAUUCAGGACAAUUUGACUGACUUUGCUGUGUGAUUUGGGGAUAAAACAGGUCCAUGACAUGAUGUUGACCCAAACUUAAGCAGUUGGAAAUUAUAUGUGAUUCAUGAAUGAAAAACCAGCUCUAUAGCUGAGUCUGAGGUGAGACAAUAAGAGGUUUAUGAAACUGAGGUCGGGGAACAUUUUGGUGGAAAACACAAAAAGAAUGUGUAUCGAACAAUAAUUAUCUUGGCAGCAAAUAUAGGACAAAUUACUUUGGCCUAUGGUAACAUGGCCUGUGUUAAAUACAAGAUAAAUUAGUGAGACAGUGGUGACCUUUGACCCAUGUAAACCAGCUGAUAUGCUGGUGCAGAGUAAGAAAGAUUAAAAACAAGAUAAAUUAGUGAGACAGUGGUGACCUUUGACCCAUGUAAACCAGCUGAUAUGCUGGUGCAGAGUAAGAAAGAUUAAAAACAAGAUAAGUUAGUGAGACAGUGGUGACCAUUGACCAAUGUAAUUUGUAAACCAGCUGAUAUGCUGGUGCAGAGUAAGAAAGAUUAAAAAGAAGACAAACUACAUUUUAAAGAAUCCUUCCGACACAGUUUUAUAACAACAAAAAUUAAACAAAUGGUUUUGGAACUUUUUUGAUAAUCAUUUCCAGGUGAUAAAUUAAUGAGGACUGGCUGCAAGCAGAUAUAUGACGGCUAUAUCUCAUCUUGGGAAUAGACCUUAGAAAUAUAUUGAAGACAUUCAAAACAUAAAGAACGAAGAAGCUAGAUAGUUAAUGUCAUGUCAAUACCUGAGACAAACUAAUGAAUAGCAUUCUUCUUAGGCACCGUUAACAUGUGUCGUGCCCUUCAUAGAAGAUGCCAAUAACUUCCUAUGUUUCAUUUUCAUCUGCUAUUUCUGUUAUUAAUGACGAUAUCACUGAUUACCAACAUAGAAAUUCAUGAUUUCAAUAUGUCAUGAUCAACCCAACUAUAAAGGAUAUGUUGCCUCCAUAUAAAGAUCCCCUGUAAUUAAAAUCUAUAUUCAAUAAAAGUACUGGCACUUCGUGGCCUGAAUAAACAUCUUUGAAAUUCUUUGAAAUUCCAUGGUGAAAUAUUUGUUAAAUAUGCAAUGAACAAAAAAAAAAAAAAAACCCCAAACAAACAACCAAACUCACCCCACCCCCCACCCCCAAAGAAACAAAAGCACUGCCUACCACUUACAGGCAUUAACAUCUUUGGUAACGCAAGAAAGCAAGCUGAUACAGCAGUCGGUUUGUCUUCAGCAAUAAUCUAAUUUGCAUUGUCAGGGUUUUCUACCCAUGGUGGUCAUUGAUGGUCAGUUGUCAGUAGUGGUCUUGCACAUACGGCACUUUAAUCAUGCAGCUGACCACCACUUAAAAUACUAUAUUGGUGUAAUUAAAUUUUAAAAACCCCCGCUAUAUUGGUGUCAUUAAAGUUGGUGCAAUUAAAGUAAUGAAUUUUAUUACUGUUU